AUGGCAAGAAAAUAUCUUUUCAGCCUGCGCGGGCCAGCGCUACGUUCUGCCCAAGUCUGGGCCGUCAUCUUGCCAGCUUAUGUCUUGUUUGGCUGGAACAAUGGGGUCGCAGGGCCCUUACUCAAUCUCCCAUCGUGGGUUACAACAUUUCCGGAAAUCGACACGGUGCAUACCGAGGGAUCAACAAGAGCGCACCACUCGAGGAUUCAAGGAACAGUCGUUGCCACAUACACAUUGGGGGCUUUCCUAGGCUCGCUGUCUUGCAUAUACAUGGGAGAUCGUCUCGGUCGCAUACGCACCAUGCAACUAGGCGCGUUGAUCAACAUUGUUGGAACAAUUCUGCAGGCAACGUCAAUGUCUUUGCCUCAACUCGUCGUUGGCAGGCUGAUCACUGGCCUUGGUCUGGGCGCGGUCUCGGCCACUGCCCCCAACUGGCAGAGCGAGUGCUCGAAAUCUGCCCACCGAGGUGCGACGGUCGUUCUGGAGAGUGUCUUCAUCAGCGGAGGACUGGCCUUGUCUGGUUGGGUGAACCUCGGAAUGAGGUUUGUGACCAGCUCGGCGAGCUGGAGGCUUCCAUUGUCAUUGAGUGCUUUGUGGGCGAUCCUGGUGAUCAUCGGAUCCUCGACUCUUCCCGAGUCCCCGCGAUGGUUGAUCUUGAAAGGGAGGAAUGAGGAAGCACGGGAGGUUCUUGCUUCUCUAGAAGGCGUGGACAGUACUCACACUUAA